AUGGUGAAGUCCAAGAUCAUUGGGAAGUUAUUGAAGGCUCAAUAUCUUCAUCAAUUGAUUCUCAAAUCCACAAAGAGGUCAAAUAAUAAUGUUACUACUAGUUCUACUGAUCAAUUCCACGACGAAACGCCACGUGGAGAGACAUUAUUGGUGCCGAAUGACGUAAAAGAAGGACAUUUUGUUGUUCUUUCAGUAAAUCCUGAAGAGGAACCACAAAGGUUUGUGGUGGAAUUGCAUUGGCUAAAUCAUCCAUCAUUUUUGAAAUUAUUAAAACAAGCUGAAGAUGAAUAUGGAUUUAAACAACAAGGUGUUCUUGAAUUUCCUUGUCGUGCCGAGGAAUUACACAAGGUUCUUGCUACUGGAUGUUCGAACUAA